GUAGUCAAUCGAUUGAGGAAAAAUGGAGGCGGCGAUGGGAUUGAUGAGAAGAAUUCCGCCCAAGCACACAGAGACGGCGCUUUCUGCUCUCCUUAGCCUCCUGCCGGACCACUCCUCCGAUCUCCUCUCUCAAGUCGAUCAGCCUCUUCAGAUAUUACAUGAUGAAGAUUGUGGAAAGGAGUUUAUCUUAUGCGAGUACAACAGAGAUGCUGAUUCCUAUAGAUCUCCUUGGUCAAAUAAAUACCAACCACCACUGGAAGAUGGUCUUUAUCCUUCUCCGCAAUUGAGGGAACUUGAGAUUGAAGCAAAUGAAGUCUUUGCAAUAUAUCGUGAACAGUAUUAUGAAGGUGGCAUCUCAUCAGUAUAUGUGUGGGAAGAUGAGAGUGAUGGUUUUGUAGCAUGCUUCUUGAUAAAGAAAGAUGGCUCAAAGACUGGGCAUGGAAGAAGAGGCUAUCUGCAGGAGGGAGCAUGGGAUGCUAUACACGUUGUUCAGGUAAGUCCAGAGGAGAUGGGAACAGCUCAUUACUGUCUAACGAGCACUAUCAUGCUCUCAUUGACUACAAAUAAUGAAUCAUCUGGUGUAUUCAAUUUGUCAGGAUCAAUUAGAAGACAGAUGAAUAUGGACCUCUCAGUGGCAGAUGGUCAUCUAUGUAACAUGGGAAAGAUGAUAGAAGAAAUGGAGGCUAAAUUGAGGAAUUCGCUUGAUCAGGUAUAUUUUGGAAAGACAAAGGAGAUGGUUUGCACUUUGCGCCCACCAUCAGAACCAGUGCAACUCAGGCUUCCCGAUAACUAAUGGAUGUGCGUGAAAAAACAUACUAUAUUUUUUUUUUUUUUUUUUUUUUUGUGUUUUGUUGCUUUAAGCUUGUCAGCACUUAAAAUGUAAUUUUUGCUGCAUUAUUUUUUUUGUUGAAAAAGGGUAGAAGUAUAAGAACUUGUUUGUUGUAGGAUAAGACCAUGGGAGGAUGGUAUAUUGAAAAUGCAUUGUUUGAUGUGCUGCUUCAGGUUUAUGUUGUAAUUUAAAUAUGGCAGCAUUUUGUGUGUUUUUGGUGCCUAAGAGCGGCUGGGGGAUAUGAUACGGAUUUGCAGUGUUCAGUCCCAAGCACUAUCAUAUAUAUAUAUAUAUAUAUGAGUUAGGUUUUUGA